UGGCCAUUGGGUUUUGGGAAAGUGUAAACUGUAGGAGACCACUAGUGGCGAGAUCUCGAACAGCUGAGGUUUUCUUUUUUUUCAGUUUGUUGUCGGCAGCAUUCCCUUUUGCCCUUCUUCUGACUACCGAUAAGCAUAUCUUUGAGGCGACUUGCAAGGGAUAGCGGUCACCGACAAACACUCUUGUCGUCACUCGAUUUCGCUUGGAGGGAACUGCCGUUGUAAUUCAAUGUCAGACUGUCAAGUUCCCCAAUAUUCUGAUAAUGUCACUCAACGCUUGAACAACAUGCAAGGACCACCUCUCCCACAGCACUCUCUAAUCUAUCCCAACGUUCCUCUAAAACGGACACGAAGCACUCGGGCUUGCGACACUUGUCGACGGAAACGAACAAAGUGUUCUGGCGGACAACCAUGUGAAGGGUGUAUCGCCUUUGGUUUGGUUUGCGCAUACACCGCACCUCAAAAGAAGCGCGGCCCACCAAAGCGAGCCGAGGCUCAAAAGACGCAGACAACGCUGGGCGAACGCCUCAAAACUGUGGAAUCUCUUCUCAGCGGACUAAUAAAUGGAGCUCCGUCCUUGCCAGCAGCAGCGAAACGUGACCGCUCCCUUUCCGAAGCGUCUGAAGGAUCUUGUUACCGAACCUCUUUCAGUCAGUAUUCGGACUCGGAGGAUGAUGAUGAGGAUGAAGAAGACGGUGUGGAAAGUGAUAAUACUCAUAAAGGGUUUAGUGGAAUUGCCCUAGCUAUACAUCGCCCAAAAGCCCGAGAAGUCGGCGUGGCAAGAGUGUCUUCGCCUGAUUCGGAUCCUGGUGCGUCUGCUCCGACUUUCUGUCAAGUGCCCUGGAGAGCGGGUGUGACAGUAACCGAUCCAAAGAGCGGCGUGCUUGUGCAAAGCUUGUCGCUAAACGAUGAGUCUGUCAUUGCUCAUCGAUUUAACAAUACAACCGGGAACAUAACAAUCGUAGAGGAUGUAGUGACGGACACUGUUCUCUUUUACGGAAGUACCAGCACAUCCAAUACACAUUCGUUACGCCAGAGUCCCCGUUUUAACGACGGUGUCAUGUCCAUCGCCUUGCGGUCAGAUGUUGUUCCAGCUAAUACUCCCAUAUCCCUCGAUUCUCCUCCCUGCUCUCCUGAUCUCGUUCACCAUCUCGUUUCCCUGUAUUUUACACACGUGCAUCCAUAUUUUCCUAUGGUCGAUCGGACCGCAUUUACUCGCCAACUCAAGGAGAAGCAGACAGAGCAUUUUUCUCUCUUGCUCAACAGCAUGUGUGCUCUUGUAACACAGCAAACAAGGUCGCUUGCCGCAUGGGGAAUAUCAAGUCCAUCAGAGCUGCAUCGUGCUUUCUUCGAGCGGGCUCGGGCGCUGUUAGGGAAGCAAUUUGACUGGCCUCACAUCAACAAUGUUCAAGCUCUUUUACUUUUGACAUUGGUUGGUGCUGGGACGAAUACGAAUGCGGCCAGUUAUCAGUACAUUGGCAUAGCACACCGCCAUGCGGUGGAAUUGGGAAUGCAUAGAAAUUUAGAAAAACUGAACCAUCCUGGUCUGGAUAAUGGAAUGAAGGAACAGAUGCGUGCGACAUGGUUUUGCUUGUACAUUCUGGACCGCUACACUGGAGUCCACCAAGGAAGACCAUUCGCGAUCAAUGAUGAUGACUGGGAUACUCCAUUACCGUGUCAGGACGAAACGUCCGAUGUUGCUCGAAUGGUUCGGCAUGUUUCGUUGUGUUCCAUAUUGGGACAAAUUGCCAACUACGUUAAUCGGCCGUCUGGGCGCCGGCGCCGAAGCCGGUCUAGUCGCGAGCAACUCGUACGAGAUAUGGAUGGCGAACUCGCGCAGUGGCAUUCUCUAUUACCAGAUGAUUUAAGGCGCGAUCCAACGCGCGAUGUGGGCUCUUGGUCGUUUCAUCAUCACCUGCAUGUGAUGUACCAUACGGCGGUGAUUUUACUACACCGUAUCGCUACCGGCCGUUUCGGCGGGGUUUGUGUAGCAAGCGCAAUUGCUAUUCGACAAACCCUGGAAGCACUUCCAAUGUCAGCCAGCAGCGGCACAAGUGUGCCGGACGAUUUCGUGUUUGUCAUGCCUAUUGUUGUCUAUUCUGGGCUUACAGCCUCCACUUUAUUCUUGGACAUGGUUCUUGAUGGUCGAGCACACUCCGCCAGGCCCACUCCUCGCCGCAAGCGGUCAAAAGGUGAAGAUGACGUGGAUGGCGAGAUUGCCUUGGAAAGCGGCAUCAAUGCAUUGGAAGAGCUGAAGAAGAGCUUGCCGGUCUUUGAAAAGCUAAAAGACACGUCAAUGUUUUCCGUGUACUACGGACAAUUAGUCGCGGAAUGUGUCCGUGGAAGUGGUGUGAAGGUGGGAGAGACGGACAGAAGGACGGGCAAUUCAGAUCAAGGAGAAGCCGCACCGUCAAGCAAUCGGGCGCACGAAGUGAACCGAGCAAAUGGGAGUAACGAACAUUUGGGCGAUACUGGAGGACCGUGUGCUGCGUCGGUUUACAGUGGAAGUACGUCGUACGCUUCUCCGGCCAUGGGAAAUCCUGCACCCGUACAGGUAGCAGCAGUGCCAGACACACUGGGUGCGAACAGCGAGACCGGAUAUCCAGGACCAGGUGGAAUGAACCCAGGGGUUACCAAUACAAUGGGAGGGCUGAAUCAACCGAUGGGACCCUCUUCAUCAGGACCGUACUUUGCCGAUUCUAUCUUUUCCGAACUGUUGAAUCCAUUUUUCGAUCCAUCUCCUGGUUGGUGGGGGGACGUGGGUUUGGCCAGCCCGCCAAAUGCACCUGGCAAUUACCCUCGUGACGGUCAAAAUGCACCGGUUGUCAGCGUUGCAGACGGAAGAGGGCUUUCAGGAUCUCCUGCAGAUUAUUUUGCCACUCCAACGAGCUCGUCUCCGCAAUUAUACGAUGGAAUAUUGACCACCGACUCGGAAGUGGACGGGGGAAAAGCAGCAUUUUGAUGGAAAUAAUUACUUUUGUAUAUAAUUCAAUGGAGGGCGUGUGUACAUGUAUUAGUACAAAGUGAAUGUAGAUAGCUUUGUGAUAUCACAACGUAGUUUUUUAAUUCUUG